AUGAUCCGGAUCUUUGUUCCAAACUGGUCCUGCGUCCUGUCAGUCAUUCAUGACCUUCACCUCUAUCGAGACACAGCCUUAAAGCGCCAACGCUCACAAAGGAGCUUUCCUCUGUUAACCAACGCUGGACCUCCACCCAUGGCAGAGAACAAGCCGUACCGCUAUGGGCUCAUUGUUUUGGGGAUGGCGCUGGUGGCGUUGGGUAUGUUCAUGAUGUCUGUAGAGGAGCCACAUGUGUUCGCCACGUUCUGUGCUAUGGGAGUGCUGCUGAUGGGCACAGGAACCGUCUGGUCCGUGUGUCAGUGUUACCCCAGGGUUACUCUUAUACUACUGGAAAAGGAAGAGCUCUGUGCGAGUGAAAAACAGGAUCCACUUGAUGCUGAAAGCUUGGAUGAUAAAAGUGCAACAGAACCAGUAAGAGCUCCAUUGGCUGGCUUCUGUGAGGAUGAAAAAGUGGAUAUAUCAGCAGAUCUACAACUCCACACAGAGGACAAACACCACGAGUGUGCUGUCAUUCUUCACACAUCUAACAGAACCGUGACCUCCACCAGCAAUCCACUGCCAGAGAGCAACAUUUCAGGAAAGGACUCUAAUAAAGAGAUGUAUUAUGGGAAAGUAGAAGACUCAUGUAAAACAUCUGAUUUGGAUAGUGACUGAUACUUUUUGGUUUGUAGUUAUUAAAACAUUUUUUUUUCGUAAAUUAAAAAAAGAAAUAUUUAAAUAAAUUAAUAAAACAUGUUGACAGGGUUGAAGUUGUGUUAGUGUAUACUUUAUAUAUGAAGAGUUUGGUUCCAAAACAAGAUAAUGUUUUUGAAUACAGCUAAGUAGCACAAUAAAAACAUAAUAAUAAACAUGUUUUAACAAACAAUUUAAAAACUGAUUUUAUCUCGUUUUGGAACCAAACUCUUCAUAUGCAGUUUAUUGUUCAAUAGUUUUUUUAUAUUAAUAGGGAUUUUAUACUGCUUUAAAAACUGAUUAUUUAUACAUAUUUUUGUCACAAAUCUGACUUGGUCACAUGCUUUUCCAAACUCAGGAAAAUAAGUGUGGAAAGUUUAAACAUUAGGUGAUUAAUGCAUUGGUGACCUUGACUUUGUCACCAUAAACACCAGAGGGCACAGAAACAGGAACAGUCUUGAAUGUCAGACCUAGCAGUGUUAUCUGUGUUUCUCCCAGCCAAAGAGAGAGAGAGAGAGAGUAUAUUAAAUCAAACAGAACCUUGUACUGUAAACACAGCCAUAUAUGGUAUGUUUGUAUUAUUUUAAAGUUGCUUGUGAUCAUUGUUGAGCAAGAAAGGUGGUUAAGUGAUGUAAAAACUUAACUAAACUUCUUGAAAUACAGACUGAACAGUUACAAUAAUCCAUCUUGCCCCCAUCUUAAAUCCUGUAAAUGCAUAUGCACACAUAUGCUUUCAGUCUCUGUUAAAGAGCAAUUAUUUAUCAAGGAUAUUACCCAGACCUCUGGAGCUACUGUAUAUACAUAUACACUACAGUACAUACUAUAUACAAGUGUAUAUACAUUUGCAGAUUUACAGUUUAUAAAUGGAUGUAGCAUGUCAUAUUGCUCCCAUGUAUACUUGCACUUAAAAGUUUUUUUUUCUCAAACUGUGUUGGUUUUUUUUUUUUUUUUGCAGCUUUUGACUCUUAGGGGUGGUUUCCCGGACAGGGAUUAGAUUAAGUGGGAUUAGUCCUAAACUAAAAUAAAUCUAAGAGCUUUCCAGACUGAAAACAACUUGCACUGUCAUAUCUGAACUCUUUCCCUGCCAUUGAUGAGUUAUCUAGUCAAUUAAGUGAAAACAUUUGCAUAAAAAAAUGUGUUCCUGAUGAGUUUGUAUGUUAAUCUGCAAUACCGCACUUAUCCAAUUUAUAAAA